AAAGUGAAUUCUGAAAUUUAUUCCCAUUAUUGCUUUAACGAAGUUAACAUUAAUACGCUUUCAGUUCACAAGGUGAACGCCUCUUUCGGAAUCAAAAAGGCAGACGUUGAAGAGCAACAGAAACUUUUUGUCAAAGUUUCUCACAAAAUGAGAUUCUGUUUAGAGGUUCUAGAAAACAACCACUUUUUGAAUUGGCUUUUGGUGCAAGAAUUCGACCUCGCCUUCGCUCACCCUUACGACGUCUGUCCAAUAGGACUCAUUCACUAUGCAAAGAUCCCAUCGUGGAUUUGGCUGAGCAGCGCCGACGAUACCAAGCUAUUCACAAAGAUUCCUUAUAUCCUUAAAACAUCGAUAAUGGAAAGCAGCGAUCAGAUGAAUUUCGUGGAAAGAGUGAAGAGUUUUGUUGGACACGCAUUGACUAUCCCUCUAUGGAAAAGAAUGCUUUCCGACCGUGAGACGGAACUUUUUCGCAAUCUGAUUGGUCCGAACUUUCCCGAUAUCGUCGAUGUUGCCAAAGAAUGUCCACUGGUAAUGGUAAACUCUAACGAACUUUACGAGGCGCCAAGACCAACACUGUCGAAAAUUGUGAACAUUGGCGGUGUGGGCAUGGAAUUUAAGGAGACCAAUCCUCUACCUGCUGAGUUCCAACGAAUAAUAGACGACGGUGUGGGAUUGGUGGUGUUUUCCUUUGGCUCCGUAGUUCCUAGCCACAAGAUGCCAACUCUAUGGAAAAAAUCCUUCCUCAAUGCCUUCAGAAGCUUUCCAGAACAUCAUUUCGUCAUGAAAUAUGAAGGAACAGACUUGCAAGAUCAGCUUCCUCCAAAUGCGCACGUGUUCAAAUGGUUGCCGCAAAUCGACCUUCUAGCGCAUAACAAAACCAAAGCAUUCAUUUCCCAUGGAGGCUACAACAGUUUACAGGAAGCGAUCAUUGCUGGUGUUCCCUUGAUAACCAUAGCGCUGUUCGGUGACCAGCAGAAGAAUGCGAAGUUGGCUGAGAAGCACGGAAUUUCUGUGAAUAUUAGAAAGAACAGCCUUACCGCAGACGCUAUCGUCAAUGCGCUUAAGAAGUUAUUCAAUGACCAUAGUUACACGCAAAAUAUCAGGCGACUAUCAAGCAUGGUGAAAAAGAGACCAGUGAAGGCUGAACAUCUUCUGGUGGCUUGGGCGGAAUUCGUUGCUGAAUUCAAAACUCUCGAAAACUUAGUUCCUGCCGGCAGCAACCUUGGUUUUCUCCAAUACCAUUCAAUUGAUGUUAUUGGAUUCUUGUUCAUUGUUCUAGUUUCAAUUCUCUUCGUCGUGUACAAGUUCCUACUUUUCAUUGUUACGAAGCUAUACCGUUUAACAUUUCAUUCUAGGAAGCAAAAAGAAGCAUAG